AUCGACUUGAUGUUUGGUGAUAUGGACGAUGACGAUCUUGACAGCUCUAUAAGUAUUGAUUCUUUGUACGGAGGUUGGACAUUUUUUUUACUGCUUUCAGUUGUUAUUAUUUUAUUCAGAGCCAGGUUUAUUCAAACUCGAAAACCUUUACUGACAUUGUUUGUUUUGACGUCUGACUUGGUUGCACGAGUUCAAGAAUGGGAAGAGACUAUGAUGCCUAUACUGGAAGAAGAGGAAACGAGAAAAGAGUUCGAUAUUCAUGAAUAUGGUGACGAGUUACUGAGCAUGUUCAAAGAGGUUGGAGAGGUAAAGACGCUCGAUGAGCUGUUGGUCGGUAGAAAGAAAUACGAAAUCAGUCGAUACUUCCUUGCCUGUCUAAUGAUGGCCAACACAUAUAAUGUACGAGUCGAGCAUGAAAUCAGAAAGGACAGAACAGGAGUGGAGACUUCGAUUAUGAGGAUCACAUUGUUAAAGAAGGAUAGACAUCAUGAAGUUUUUGACAAAGCUGGAGCAUUAUAA